AUGGCGCGAACACCACUGGACAACUUGAAGGAACUCCAGGCAAAAGCGGACAGACACAAUCAACUGCGAUUGAAGGCCGGCGUCAACCUGUUAUCGCAAUUCCCGACCGGUAGGGACGACUAUGUGAACAUCGGCAAAUUUUUCUCAGAAGGCGUACAGUUGGACGCUAUUACGGAGCAGUGCACCGGCUGCCCUGACAUGGUCAAAGACGUGAUCUUCCGCACCAUGGAGCCGGGGGACCCGGCCUUCUCACUCAUCGCGAUUCCGAAGGCUGAAUGCGAGUAUGCGUCGGACCUGUUCAACUGUAUGCUCGAUAUGGGCUACACGCCCGAGGUGAUCCAGUUCUGGAAGAACACAUGGAGCUCUUGGACGCACAAGGACAAGCAUCACGCCCCACGAUGGGAACGGCGCUGGAACGUGCGCAGGCACUGA